AUGUCACUUUGGGCCCGUGUGAGUCAGCUUCCCGCCGGUAUUCUCGAGGAAAUUCGCUCCAUGUAUACGCAUGAUUUUCCCAUCGAAGUACGCCAUUAUUUGGCGGAGUGGAUCGAAGAACAUGUUCUGACUCGUCCUGUGCCGAUCGAGCAGGCAGGCGCAUGCGAAGAUUUCCUCACUAAGUUGAUCGACGAGGUGGAAAAAACGGCACUCGGUCUGCCGGAGAACUACAACACAGUAAAAACGAGAUUGAAUGAGGCAGCCUGCAACUUUCGUGUACUGCGUUCGGUGAAUCCAUCCCAGCUGUACUCCAAGAUAAUCUUCUGCCUAGAACGUGAACAACAAUAUGUGUCCUACCGGGUCGGAUGUAUCAUGUGCGUCGGAAAUCCUGAGCUCCACAAAGUGUGCACUGCGAUCAAAGAGCUGCAGAACAUGGAGCACCAAAUCGAGAAUGACACCAGUAACUUCAUGAGGAAAUUUGGCCUACUACCAUCGGACACAUAUGCGCUGCCGAAUGCUUUGUACCAGAGUAUGGACGCGACUACGAAUGGGCAGGAGCUCGCUAGUCCGGGAAUACUUGCGCAUACUCAAUACAAGAUAGUUGGAAGCCAACAUGUACCCAACGAACAUACGCAAUCAUGUACCCGAAUGGGAUUGGCUCUAGUGGAUGGCUUCCGCAAAAUAAUCUCAUUGUCGGGUGUUGUGGAAGCAAAAGUGUUGAACGAUCUUCCGCCGUUCGGAAAUCCCGGACCACAUUCCAAGGAACAAGGAAUCGCGCAAAAGAUGUGCAUUGUGCUUGACCCUGACAACCACGUCAACCGUAUGCGGGUGAACAGUAUUCCGAACAGUAAUAGCAACAACGAUUCUUUGACAGCUUCCUGCAGUACCACUUCGGCUGCCUUGAGCAAUGUGAACUUCAUUUAA